UUACAAUUGCUUGCAAUCACGUUCAGCACGAUUCAAUAUGAAUUUAUAUGAAUCCUGUGUUUCUGGAGGGUGUUUAGAGUGUGCGCGUUUUUAGAAUAUCUUCCCUUAGUUCUGAUAUCCUGGUGAAUGGGGCACAAGUGUGGCACCACAAAUGUUUAUUGGUAGUGUUAAAAUAUACAUAGAAUUGCGCCCCAAAGAGACAUAACCUUUUUAACCCAAAAUGAGGAAUUUAGAAUUGUACAGUAUUGUAUCUCAUCCUCACUUUAAGAUUGUGUGUGCUCCAGUGUCACAAAGUUUGGCUGUGAAUGAUAAGAUUUACAUUUUAUUUGAAGCCACUCAACAUUCUCAGUGCCUAAUUUCCUAUAAUUGUGCUACAGAAGACUUGAAUUCGACAGAGUUUAUAGAUGGAGUUUAUACUAAUAUGGAAUAUCUUCCAUUUGAAGAUAUGGUAUUUCUCACCACAAAGAAUGAACUGGUUUUCUUGGAUGGUGAUGUAAAUUUGGUGAAAAGGAUAAUUCUCGAUGGAGAGGAGGACAUCAUACAUGCUAAAUGGAACGGACACCAGGAUGUGCUUGCUAUAUUCUUUGAAUGCAACAAAGUAUCAUUGUAUUUAGUAAAUGUAAUUGAAGAACUUGCUGUUUCAAUAAGUUCAACGAACCUGGAUGACGAGCCAAUUGAACAUAUUGAUGUAGGCUGGGGAGGAACUCAUAAAUACAAAAGAGCAGAAGAGGUUCCAAGUACAUACGUCUGUGAUAACCAAGAACCUGUUAUUGAUUGGAAGGGUAAUGGAGACUUAUUUGCCAUUAAUUAUUUUGAUGGCGAAGAGCGAAUUAUAAAGAUAUAUAAUAAAAGCUGCGAGUUAUUGUAUAGUUCAAAGGGUAUACAGUCAGGACUGGAACCCUUGUUAGCAUUUAAACCUGUCGGAAAUGUCAUAGCUUGUGUGACAUCAUCUGAUGGCCAGGAUCAACGUUUGAUGAUUAUUGAAAAAAAUUGCAUGUUGCUGAGCAUGAUACCAUUGGAAGAAGGGGCUAAAGUACAGAAAUUGCUCUGGUCUCCAUGUGGUACUUGUAUAACUGUGCAACUUAAAAGACACGACCAAGUUUGGAUUGAUAUAUAUUUAAUACACAAUUGCCAUUACUCGUUAAAACAACGACUUCCGUUAGAUCAAGCAAAGACAUUUGUUGAUUAUAAAAUUAAACCAAUGCUAUCUGGAAUAUUUAAUCUUGAACUACAUUAUAAUUAUGGGUACUACGAGUAUACCUUUUUGAGGAAAUUCAUUAGGAGCAAUAUAAUGAAAUUUGAUUAUGGUUUAAACGUGAAUGUUGAGGGUAGCACUUUGAAGUGUUAUUAUUUUGCAUCCGGCUUGUCUUCAUCCAACGACGAAGCACAUUACAUCCAUGAGCAUACUUGUCCAAUAAAUGGUGUUGUCUUUUCUGAUGAUAGUUACAAAUUGAUUUAUAUUGAUUCGGAAAGUAUUGUAUAUAUUUAUGAUUACACCGACCGAUACAAUUGGGAUCUGCUGUAUACUGUGCAACUACCUAAAUCGACGGAACAUAUUCCAUUAAAUGCCUAUAGGUUAUAUAUGCCUAACGACACUAAGUUGUGUGUAGUUUGCUUUUCCGAAGAAAUGGAAGAUGCGUUACACACAUAUAAUUUGACUACAGUCGAGCCAACUUGCGUAAUAUCUACCACUAAGAAGAAUAUUAUUGGUGUGUCGACCAUCAUGGAUAAGAAACUAGAGUUUUACUCUAAAGAUAUUAACAAAAUGCCAAUACAUCAAUUUUUUAACGUACAAAUAAAUGGCUCUUAUCAUUUAUUGUAUAUGACAGUGGAUGGUGGACUCUUCAUCGACCAUGAAAGAGUUAAAGAAAAAAUAAGUUCAUUAUUUGUGCACAGUAAUAGAUUAACAGUUACAGUGAUUAAUAAUGAAUUAGACAUGGUAUCCACCGACAAUGUUUACGGCGUUUACUUGACUGCAGAAGUCAUACAAACAUUGAAAGAAGGUGGCUCCUUUGAGGAUAUUUCCUAUAAAAGACCGGUCGAACAAGGGAGCGUUGUCUUGAAUACUAUCGAGAAAUCUGCUACCACUAUACUCUUGCUUCCUAGGGGAAACAUCGAGUCUAUUGAACUGAGAAACAUAGCACUCUUCAUAGUACGAGACAAACUUUUGGACCAUAAAUAUAUUGAUGCAUUGCAUUAUAUUAAAAGGCAGUCUCUUCGAAUAGAUCUUCUAGUAGAUUUAAGCCCUAGCCAUUUCUUUACUAAUAAAGUUAGUAUUUUCCGCGUGCUCGAUUUGUGCGCGAGUUUGAAUAAGUUUUUCGUGGAAAUCAAGAACGAAUCCUCGUUGAACGAGAAGGAAAUGAAAUUGUUGGGCGUAGAGUCGCAGUUGGAGAAUAAGGUCGUGAAAGUGGCGGAAUCUUUCGAGGAUGUGUAUCUUCGACUGCAAGAGCCGGAAAAGCAUCUGAUGACUUACGCUUUGGCUGCUUAUUUCACCGAUAGAAAUAUUGUUGAAACUAUGACUAAAGUUUCAAAAAUAUGUAAUACGUUGACCAGCAUCAGACCGGCGGAUAUCGUGAAUGCUAUUGAAGUGAUCAGCAACCAUGUGGAUAAGAAGGAGUUGUACGAAGCAUCUCUUUUUACAUUCGACUUGCAUUUAGCCGAGUUGGUUGCUUCGAAGUCACAAAUGGAUCCUUGCGUGUAUCGACCUUUCAUACAGAGGGUGACUGCAAUGGACGAGUUUGAAAUGAGAUUCACGAUCUGCUACGAGAUCGGCCGCUUCAAAGAAGCGCUCUUUUACUACUUCCAGAUGUAUCGGGAAGAAAGCAUAACAGGCGAAGAAAUGAUUCUGUUUGCCACUGAAUCAGAAUUGCUGUCCGAGUUGUAUAAUAUGGUGGACGUCUCGGAUGACAUUUUUGAAGAGGUGGGUAUGCUCUAUUAUGAAAUUCUUAUGAAUGACCAAAACUACCUGGAAGCUGGUAUUCUCGCGAACCGAUUACAGCGAUACGUCGAAGCAGUCACCGCCAUGCUCCAGGGGUAUCACUGGCAGGAAGCGUUAACUGUUAUUGAUGCUGGUGUACUUACCCCAGAACAAUCGCUAGUUUUAUAUCGUACGGUGGCUAAUACGAUGACCGCUCACAGAGACUACGUGGAUGCUGCAAAUGUAUUAGUGAAUCACUGCACUGAUUACGAUGCUGCUAUGCAGUGCUACAUUUCCGCAAAGGAGUUUGAAUUAGCAUUGAGGCUCUCGAUUAGGAUGAACCGUCCAAACUUUCACCCAAUGAUUGAAGACAGUAUGGUUAUCGAAUGCCAAAACUUAUGUUCUCGUACGCAAGAGUUAAGUGAGAAAUUUACUAAGUACUACGAGAGAUUGAAGGUGGUUCGUCAGAAAAUGAAGGCGGAAGCGGAGGCGGAACCGCUUCAUGAUACCUCCAACAUCGAAUUUAGUGAUGUAAUGAGUGUUACCACUGCAGCAUCCACAAUUUCCACAAGAUCAUCGAAUAGAUCAAAUCGCUCAAUGACGCGUAGAUUGAAGAAGGAGCAAAAGAAGUAUACAACACUUAAAGAAAACUCCAGGUACGAGGAUAUAGCGCUUCUAUAUAACCUUUCGAUACUUGUGGACGAUGUAAAGGAGAUUCAGAAGGCGGUUAACGAGAUGUACUGCACAAUUCAGUUACGCAAUCUGGAUAUACCAGAUGUGGUAACGGCAUGCGAACUUAUAGAUGAAUUAAUCAAGCAUAUCGAUAAGUAUUCGCCUGACAUUUGGCGUGAGGAGUUUGCCGCCUACGAGCCGAAAGAAGAGGAUAAAGGUGUUUAUAGUAAUCUUGUCCAUUUAGAUCACAAAUACCGGAUGAAGCCAGAACUUAAAGUCAGUUCAAAGGAAAGGGCUACAAUAAUAUUCCUUAAGAGACGUUAAUUUGAUUUUGUUAUUAACAAAAGUUUUUUUUUUGCUUUCAUAGUUUAUUUUUUAAUUGUUUUUUUAA